CUGUCAACCACACGUGUGUUGGAUGAGGAUAUUAUUUACUUGAUUUGAACAUAACAAACGUGAAUAUCUUCGUCAGAAUUUUGCUUAAAUAUAUGAAAUGGGAAAAAGGAAGUUUAACGCAAAAGGUCGACAAGUUGUCGACACGAUCAUUGACGACACAGCCACAAAACAGAUUAAAUUGGAUAUCAUCGAUGCAGAAUCGACCGAAUACGGAGGAUACGAUCCAUCCAAUGCCUUAGUGCUUCCGUCUGAGAAAAGAAAAACGAAAAUCAAAAAGGACAAGGACAAUGUCACAAGAAUUUUGUCGAAAAAGCAGCGGAAGAAUUUGGAAAAAAUUGUUGACAAAAAGAAGAAAAAGGAAGGGCGCGCUUCUCUGCUGGACAGACUAGCUUCGGUUCAGCUUCCGUCUGACGAACUCGGCAAAUACACUUCGAUUAUUAACGUGCAAACGAAAGGUCUGAAACAUCAUUUGAAGGAGAAAAUUGAGAAGCGACCGUCUAAACAAGAAGCCGAUGGUGACGAUGGACAACGUCGGCGGAGCAGUGUGUCCGGUAGUCAACGAAAAAAGCGAUUGGCAUUGUUGAACGGUUACGCUGAUGACGAUGACUCCGACGAUGAAGAGAAACCGAAAGAUUUCAAUACUGUUGGUCUUGAAGACAGUUCAAGCUCUGACAGUGAGAACGAUGAAACUGUUGAAGCACCCACCAUUGCCCCUGCUGUUAUGGAUGUAGCUGUAGCAGACACAGUGCCCCAAGUCAUUGCAGCGAAAGAAACGAGUGUACCAGCGAUAAAGCCUAUUGAUGAAACGACUAAACCUACGCCAAUCACCUACAGACCUACUGUCUACGUUCAUGUGGAACGAACGAAAGAAAUUCAAGCUGCUCGAUUGAAAUUGCCGAUUCUGAGCGAGGAACAAGUCAUCAUGGAAACGAUUAACGAAAAUCCGAUAAUAGUUUUGACUGGUGCUACGGGCAGUGGAAAAACCACUCAGGUGCCACAGUUUCUGUACGAAGCAGGAUAUGCUGAGAAGAAAUUGAUUGGAAUCACGGAACCGCGUCGUGUAGCCGCUAUUUCAAUGUCCAAACGUGUUGCCACCGAAAUGAACCUCAGCACCGACAUUUGCUCGUAUUUGAUUCGUUUCGAAGGAAAUGUGACCAACAAAACGAAAAUCAAAUUUAUGACCGACGGAGUGUUGCUGAAGGAAUUGGAAAAUGAUUUUUCACUGACGAAAUACUCGGUGAUCAUACUCGAUGAGGCCCAUGAACGUAGUGUUUACACGGACAUAUUGGUCGGGCUGUUGUCGCGAAUCGUUUUGCUGCGUCAGAAACGCAAUGACCCACUGAAACUGAUUAUUAUGUCGGCUACGUUGCGAGUGGAGGACUUUACGAAUAACAAGAAACUGUUCAAAACACCACCACCGGUGUUGAGUGUUGAAGCUAGACAGUUUCCUGUUACGAUCCACUUCAAUAAGCGUACAUCCGAACCAAGUAGAUACCUUAAGGAUGCAUACAACAAAGCAGUCAAGAUCCAUAACACACUGCCCGAAGGGGGAAUUCUGAUAUUCGUAACUGGACAGCAGGAUGUUAAUUAUCUGGUCAGGCGAUUGCGAAAGGCAUUUCCCUAUCGUAAAAAAGAUGCAGCGAAAAAAGUGGAAAAUCCGUCAGAGAAAGUGUCGGCAUCAGAUGACGACUCGGACGACGAAAUGGAUAUGAAGAAGGCGAUCAAAAAUUCAAAGAAAGCCAAGAAGAAGCUGCACUCUAUGCUGCAAUUACCACAAAUCAGUCUCGACAACUACAAAUUACCAUCCGAUGACACCGAUGCUGACCUACUCGAUUACUGCUCUGACAACGACAGCGACGACUCAGCAUCCGAAGAAGAGGACUCCUUGAACAUUGUGGGUUUGAAUACUGCGCAGCCAAUGUGGGUGCUACCGUUGUAUUCGUUGCUUCCAUCCGAUAAACAAUCCAGAGUUUUCGAUAAGCCACCCGAAGGAACUCGAAUCUGUGUUAUUUGUACGAACGUUGCCGAGACAUCGUUGACCAUACCAAACAUAAAAUACGUCAUCGACGGUGGUUUGGUGAAGACACGACUGUACGACAAAGUAACCGGUGUCAGUUCAUUCGUUGUGACAUUUACGAGUAAAGCUGGUGCUAAUCAGCGAGCGGGUCGAGCUGGCCGUACGGCACCUGGUCAUUGCUAUCGAUUGUAUUCGAGCGCAGUGUACGAAGAUGAGUUUGCCGAUGUUGCAGUUCCAGACAUCCAAAAGAAACCGGUGGACGAUUUGAUGUUGCAAAUGAAAUGCAUGGGAAUUGAUAAGGUUGUCAACUUCCCGUUCCCGUCACCGCCGGAUUUAGUUCAAUUGGAAACGGCUGAGUACAAGCUAAAGUUAUUGGGAGCACUCGAAACGGCUAAGUCAUCUAAAUCUGAAGAAGCAACCAAAGUCACACCGCUCGGCAUGGCGAUUUCAGCAUUUCCAGUCGCACCUCGUUUCGGCAAAAUGUUAGCGUUAAGUCAUCAACAGUCGCUGCUUCCAUACACAGUAUGUAUCGUAGCCGCUUUGUCGGUCCAGGAAGUGUUAGUGGAAGUGCAAACGACGGAGGAUCAAAUAGUUAAGCAAAGAACGGAAUGGUAUCGCAAGAGAAAGGAAUGGGCUGGCAAGGGUAAUUCGUUGUUACUGGGCGAUCCGAUUGUCUUACUUCGAGCUGUCGUUGCAUGCGAAUCUGGUGGUAAAGUCGAAGACUUGUGUAAAUUGUACGGUCUGAGACCGAAAGCAAUCACCGAAAUCAGAAAGCUUAGAAUACAACUAACGAACGAAAUCAAUUUGAGCUUGAGCGAUGUCAUUCUGGGCGUUGAUCCUAAAAUGCCCAAACCAACAGAUCAUCAAGCGAAACUGUUACGUCAAAUUCUACUUUCCGGUAUGGGCGAUCAAGUGGCCAGAAGGAUACCCGAUGAUGAAAAGAAAGACAGUGAAGAUAGACUUCGUUUAAAGUAUGGCUACCGAUGUCCGGAAAUGGAAGAACCAGUGUUUAUGCAUUCGUCGUCCGUUCUAAGAAAAUCGAAACCCGAAUGGGUGAUUUACCAGGAGAUUUUCGAGCUUCAAAACGGAGAUGCUCGGAAAAUGUUCAUGCGUGGCAUUACAGCUAUCGAACCGGAAUGGUUGCUCAUUUAUGUGCGAUCAUUGUGUAACAUUCGAUCGGUGAAAGAAGAUCCACCGCCGAGAUACAACCAGCAAGAUGGAAAGAUCUACUGUUUCGUGGAAGCAACGUUUGGUCGGUCAGGAUGGGAACUUCCGUUAUCAGAAAUUGAGAUGCCACAUACUGAAUUGUAUUACAGAUAUUUCGCUAUGUUUCUGCUCAACGGAGACAUAUUUCCGAAAAUUUCGGAAUACAAGAAACAGAUGCGUUCGAUGCCGAAAAAUAUUGUCAAAAGUUGGUCCAAGGAUGCACCUCACGUUUUGGGUAUUGUGAAUAGGCUGAUCAAUCGUCAAGUGAAUAGCAAACAGAAGCUAGUAGAUCUGUGGCGCAAGGAGUCGGAUUAUCUGUUGGAAGAAUUCUGCAACUUUUUGGUAGACGCUAGCCCGUCAGCGAUCGCAUUAAAUUGGCCACCUAUCGGUUAAUUUACUAUUUUGUUGAUUUGAAUGAAAUUUGUACGCAGAGAAAAUAAAAUUUUUGUUCGUUAAAAAAA